AUGGCACAACGCGUGGUUUUCUUCCUCCUGUGGCUCUUUGACCGCUCAUUCGCAGGAUUUCCCAAUCAGAUUAAUAUCGGGGGACUGUUCAUGCGUUCCACGGUGCAGGAGCACAGCGCGUUCAGGUUCGCUGUCCAACUCUACAACACCAACCAAAACACCACUGAAAAGCCUUUCCACCUCAACUACAAUGUCGACAACCUCGAGUCGUCCAACAGCUUCUCGGUCACCCAUGCAUUUUGCUCUCAGUUCUCCCGCGGGGUGUACGCCAUCUUCGGAUUCUACGACAAGAAGUCCAUGAACACCUUGACCUCGUUCUGCGGCGCUCUGCACACCUCCUUUGUCACACCCAGUUACCCCACCGAUAAUGAGGUGCAGUUUGUCAUCCAGAUGCGGCCCGCCCUCCGGGGUGCUGUCCUCAGCCUGCUCUCCCACUACAAAUGGCAGAAGUUUGUCUACCUCUACGACACAGACCGAGGUUUCUCUAUACUGCAGGCCAUUAUGGAGGCAGCAGUGGCUAACAACUGGCAGGUGACCGCUCGCUCUGUUAGCAGCACAACAGACGCCGCAGAGUUCAAGCGCAUCAUUGAGGAGAUGGACAGGAGGCAGGAGAAGCGCUACGUGAUUGACUGCGAGGUGGACAGGAUCAACACGAUAUUAGAACAGGUUGUGACCCUGGGGAAGAACAGCCGUGGUUACCACUACAUUCUGGCCAAUCUGGGAUUUUCUAAUGUGAGCCUGGACAAAGUCUUCGCUGGGGGAGCCAACAUUUCAGGGUUUCAGAUAGUCAACCCUGAGAACCCGAUUGUGCAGCAGUUUAUGCAGCGCUGGGAGCGACUAGAUGAAAGAGAAUUCCCAGAAGCCCGAAACACUCCUCUGAAGUACACUUCAGCUCUGACCCAUGACGCCAUCCUGGUGAUCGCAGAGGCCUUCAGGUACCUGCGGCGCCAACGUGUGGAUGUCUCUCGCCGAGGCAGCGCUGGAGACUGUCUAGCCAAUCCAGCCGUACCUUGGAGCCAAGGCAUCGACAUCGAGAGAGCUCUCAAAACGGUCCAAGUGCAGGGUAUGACUGGGAACAUCCAGUUUGACAACUACGGCCGCAGGACCAAUUACACCAUAGAUGUUUAUGAGAUGAAAACAGGUGGGCCGAGGAAGAUUGGGUACUGGAACGAGUACUCGCGCUUUGUAAAUAUUAUGGACCCGCAGGUCUCCAACGACUCCUCAGUGGAAAACCGAACGAUUGUGGUCACUACUAUUAUGGAAGCUCCUUAUGUGAUGUACAAGAAAAAUUAUAUGCAUCUGGAGGGGAAUGACAGAUAUGAAGGCUACUGCGUCGAUUUAGCAUCUGAGAUUGCCAAACAUGUUGGAAUUAAGUACAAACUGUCUAUAGUAAUGGAUGGAAAGUACGGAGCCCGAGACCCUGAGACCAAGACGUGGAACGGGAUGGUGGGUGAACUGGUCUAUGGGAGAGCAGAUAUAGCCGUUGCACCUCUCACCAUUACUCUGGUUCGAGAGGAGGUGAUAGACUUUUCCAAGCCGUUUAUGAGCUUGGGCAUCUCCAUUAUGAUAAAGAAGCCGCAAAAGUCCAAGCCCGGUGUUUUCUCCUUCCUGGACCCGCUGGCCUAUGAAAUCUGGAUGUGUAUAGUGUUUGCCUAUAUUGGGGUGAGCGUGGUACUGUUCCUGGUCAGUCGGUUCAGUCCUUAUGAGUGGAACCUCGAGGAACAGGAUGAGACCAAAGACCCUCAGACUCCCCCUGAUCCUCCCAAUGACUUUGGCAUCUUCAAUUCCCUCUGGUUCUCUCUGGGCGCCUUCAUGCAGCAGGGCUGUGACAUCUCCCCCAGGUCUUUGUCAGGCCGAAUCGUCGGUGGUGUGUGGUGGUUCUUCACCCUCAUCAUCAUCUCGUCCUACACAGCCAACCUGGCUGCCUUCCUGACUGUGGAAAGAAUGGUCUCUCCAAUAGAAAGUGCUGAAGAUCUGGCCAAGCAGACAGAGAUAGCAUACGGCACUCUGGACUCAGGCUCCACAAAAGAGUUUUUUAGGCGAUCCAAAAUAGCAGUGUAUGAGAAGAUGUGGUCAUACAUGAAAUCUGCUGAACCCUCAGUGUUUGUUAAGACCACGCCCGAUGGCGUAGCCCGGGUACGAAAGUCAAAGGGCAAGUUCGCCUUUCUCCUCGAGUCCACCAUGAACGAGUACAUCGAGCAGCGGAAGCCGUGCGACACCAUGAAAGUGGGAGGCAACCUCGACUCGAAAGGAUACGGUGUGGCGACGCCCAAAGGCUCAGCAUUAAGAAAUGCUGUUAACCUGGCAGUUUUAAAACUGAAUGAGCAAGGCCUCUUGGACAAAUUGAAAAACAAAUGGUGGUACGACAAGGGAGAGUGCGGCAGCGGGGGAGGUGACUCCAAGGACAAGACAAGUGCUCUCAGCCUAAGCAAUGUGGCUGGUGUCUUCUAUAUUCUGGUUGGAGGGCUGGGGCUGGCCAUGAUGGUGGCCCUGAUAGAGUUCUGUUAUAAAUCACGACAAGAAACCAAACGGCUGAAAUUGGCCAAGAAUGCCCAGAAUUUUAAGCCGGCUCCCCCAACCAACACCCAGAACUUUGCCACAUACAGAGAAGGCUACAACGUAUACGGAACCGAGAGCGUUAAGAUCUAAAGGUUUAGGAAACAUUUCCAUUGUCCCUUACAACUGUGACUAAACAUCUAUGAAAGGCACAGGAUCACGGGGAUUGAGCUUCAAGCCAAAUCCCCUCGGGCGGACACAGCACGAUAAUCUGCAAUGACGACACGACUGGACUGGUCAUGGGAAGAGCCGACGUGGUUCCCUCCUCUCAGUGCCUUAUGGAACUCUGAGUCCAAUCAAUGCAACUCAU